AUGACGACGACAGCGCUCGUGUGUGUUCUGGGCGGGGUGGCUUCAGCACUUGUCUUGAACCCUGCAGCAGUGAGCAUCCAGCGACCCCUUCUUCCUCCCGCCGCAGCCUUUUGCUCCAAGCCUUCACCAGUUGGCACAACGCUGCCUUGCCGCCGCAGUCGCGCCCCGCCGUUGCAGGAGAUGGCCCGCCUGGUCUUCGCACUCGCCGCCCUCCUGCUCGCCGGCCAGGGCUGCGCACCCGUCGAGGGCACGACCACCGUCGCGGAGGAGCGGCGCCUGGAGACGACCGAGAGCCCGGCCCCGUCCACCUCGGAGCCCGUGUCCGCGGCGCCCUGCGCGAGCGGCCCGGGCCCGAUGAUCGUCCUCGGCGCGGCGCUGUGCCUGGGUGCCAGGCGGUGA